AUUUUAUAACUUAACUCGAACUAUAGCAACGUUUCUGUCGGUCGUGAAUACAUGUAUACAUAAUCCGAAUCCGAAUAUAUAAUCCGCACGGUAUCCUACAAGUGCUUUUUCCUAACUUUCCAGAUGAAUUAUCAAUUGCUUUUAUUAUAAAAUCUUGUUCCGACCAUCAUCAUCUGAAACAAGCGAAAUGACUAUGCUCGCGUAUGUUGUCGCAAGCUACAUGUCGAUGCAGUUGGCUGGUGUCGCAGGUUAUCCGUAUUAUUACGUAUUACCACAUCAAUUUACAUAUAAUCAGGGGAAUAAUUUAAAUAUAAACAUCGUCCCGAUAAAUGUACCAUAUCACAGUGAUAACGCCACCGUCAAGUUGUACAUCAAUGGAUUGUAUCGACAUUGUACAAACUUGAAGGAACUGAUUGACUUCAAAACUUAUCAGCUAACGGACUCUUAUACAGAUAUUGACAUGUAUAUAAACUAUCAUAGUACCACAAUAUGUAUGUACAACCUGGUGAAAGGAUCAGCAAGUAAAAAUUAUAAUUUUUGGUACACUCCACAGAAUUACUCCUACGAGUAUACACUUUUGGUAGACUUUCAAAAGCUAUGCGAUGCAAAGUUGGAAUGUAAGAUCACCGAGUCGAGUAAAUAUGUUUGUACAUUUAACACAAAACUUACAAACCUACUUUAUUAUACAAUACACCAAAUGUAUUCAACAACUAAUAAAACUAUUGGUCGUUCUAUUGGAGCUAUAUAUUAUCCACCUACAACUGUAUUUACCAUCAAAAUAGAACGAUUUGAUUUCAAUAGUACAAUUGUUGCACGCCUGAAAAAGUACAAAGACGACAAUGAAGAUUUUUUACAUGAUCUUAAGAUCGCCGAAAGAGAUAUCGUUAAAGACCAAAACUACGCCAUAAUGAGUUAUUCGGAUACGGAACGUGUAAUAUUUUCCUGUGCGCAAUAUAUAUCCCAAUAUCCAUCGGUUGGUUUGAUUGACAGUAGUGGGUACAACAUAGAGACGGUAGAAGGAACUACAUACAACGAGCUACUUGAUGUUGGUAAAAAUGGAAGUAUGCUGUGUUGUAUAUAUUACGAAGUGACUAACCUAUAUGGAACUCGAUAUAUCACUCGGGUCAUUGCAAAUAAAACCUUAUUGCUGUACAAUAAGACCGAAUUUAAUAAUCAUAAGACUACGGAUAAUGACACAUCUUAUGGGACUCUCGAACAGAAUAUAAUAUCAAAUGCACUGAAGCUCAUAAACUACUUAUAUUUAUUAAUACCAGUCGCUGUACUACUAUCCAUAUUAAUUACAACUUACAUUUACAUCAGGAGAAAACGUCUCAAGGCCGAAACUGCUCCAGAGAGUAUUAAUGAAAACCAAGAAAUUAAUUACGUCACUUUGGACCUUAAGUCCAGCGGAAUGAAAGCACCACGGCCUGAUGAACCACAGUAUGCCCAAAUAAUGACGACCAGCAAAUUCUGAAAAAAGUAUUCGUUCAAUCCAACCAAUACCGGCUACGGAGACCAUUUCUUGUUUAAAAUAUAAUAAUAGCUAAUAUACGUAUAUAAUAGUAAUAAAUGAAAUUACGAAA